CAAGGUUCAAGAGAGCAAUGAACGGCCUAACAGCUGAUGAUGAUCACCAUCACACCAAUCCAAAGUCGCAAUUGUAACGCACAUGCGUUCUCUGAGUGUGGCUGCCAUCAGAUCAUGUCAUCAAAUUCGUUGUGAGCCUCGUUAGCUCAUCUUCGAGGCUCAGAGGGAUUCUUUUUCUCCCAAGAAAGGGGAAUUCUCAUGGCGCCGAAAUAAGUUGUGAUCCACUAGCCACCAGUUCGGCUGAGUACCGUCCAAGUGCGGCGUGAGCAAGCCUUACCCGCCCACCGUCCUUCGAUCCUCGUUUCCAAAGCGCGUCUUUCCUCGCUCCAAUCCUCCUCGGGCUCGAUGUUGCGAGAGUCACAGUCACUUGGAUCUUGCAGCCUUCACGAGGAUCCCUCGGAUUGUGAGACAACAAGAAAGCGAGUAAGAAGGAUCGUAGCCACUUGCUACGUCAGUCUUGAGUUCUCAUCCCUGUGAGCUAUUCGGAAACAGCGGGUGGGUCCCUGGCGAUUUCAAGCAUUGAAUUCUGUUUUCCACGGAUGCCAAGUCAGUGAUCCAAACGAUGCUUCGUAAAACGCUGUCGAUCAACAGAGUGAAGUGACCAAGUGCCCUAUACGAAAGCCUUGCCAAUCUCAAAGCCAUUAAUUAAGUGAGUGGGUGCACACUUGUGGAUCAGGGCUAGCAGUCAUCGUCGGAAUCUGGAAUCUCCACCCAAUUUCGUGUACAAUGCCACAAUGUCCUCGCCAAAGAAAGCAGCCAUGGAACACUUUCCAUUACUAGACAUAUUCUUAAUGAUCGUGCUCCUAGCGAAACCCUUGAAGCUCCCUGACAGCAAAUAACCCUUUUUCUACUCCCACCAUGGGGUCGGGCCCUAGGCUCUCAUUCUUGUCCCAGACCUUUGCUCUCAUUGGCCUUGGUCUAGUGCUUGAGACUCACUCUGCUCAACGUUGCAUUGACCAACAACCCAGUGAGCCUAAAUAUUUCUAUUACGGAGAUCAAGCGGUGGAAAUCAAGAUUCUGACCUCGGAUCGAACCACUCACCUUUUGAUCUCGACGAUUCUGCAGAUUUUCACUCAAGAAGUACUCGGUUACAAUAACACCACUCUCAUUCAUCUCGAUGAUCAAACUCAGGGGUUUGACCCUGACGCCCAAUUUUCCUACAUUUCGUCUUGCACGGACUUCAAUGCACUCCUCUCUAUACUCAACAAUCAAUGUGAUCAAUCAGAUCGAGUAUCUGGGACUUCAAAUCAAUGUGGCUUUUGUUGGUGAUAAGCUCCUGGAGACGAUUCAGUACCUGGAGCUCUCGCCUGAGAUUCGAAAUGGUUCCCGGUCUUAUUUGGUGUUCCAUUACACCCCUUCUUUGGUGACAAGUCGGUUCAAUUUCACUUCCAUCAAGUUCGAGCCCUGCGAUCACGGCUGGGAGUCGCAAAUCUUCACUCCCAAUCUAACACUUACUUCGCCCAAUUGUUUGUACAACCUCAACCGAUUGGCCAAGGUGGUUUGGCAGCCUUUAAGAGAUGGCGCACAAGCUCUCUACCUGACGUUGAGUAAAAUGGAAUUUUCUUUGAAAGACUACCAAGACAUCCUGGAAAUAUUCAACGAGAAAGCCAAAACUUUUCUGGACCCCAAAGACCCGCAACUUUUGCGCCAAGUAGCUUGCGAGUGGCUCAAUGAGGAAACCAUGCUCAGAAACGGUAUUCGAUCCAAACAGUAUCAACAGUGGAGCGACAUUGGGACUUCCAAGCCUAAAUUGAUCAUCGGAGGGAUCUUUCCCAUCCGAGGGACCAAAUUUCGAGCUCCUGAGCUCCUUCCAGUGGCCUUGAAAGCUCAGAAGGACGUCAAUUCCAAUUCGACCAUCUUGGCCAAUUAUGACCUUCAGCUCAUCAUCUACGAUGGCCAGUGCACUGCCGAUGUGGUCAUGAAAAGGUUCAUCGACAUCAUCACACAUCAUGAGUUCAAAUCAAAGAUUGUGGGUAUCUUAGGUCCGGCUUGCUCAGAUACGAUCCAGCCUAUCGCGGGUGUCUCGAAACAUUUUCGGAGUGUGGUUAUUACCUACAGUGCUGAGGGCUCCAUCAAAGAUGCGGGAGAAAGUCAAUACCCAUAUUUCUUCAGAACCAUUGCGGAGAACAAACAGUACAAGUAUGUCUAUUUGGAGAUCUUCAAAAAGUUUCGUUGGUCCAAGGUGGCUAGUUUGACUUUAGAUGGUCACAAGUAUUCCGAGUAUAUCUCACAUCUCCAAGAUGUUCUACAAACCCACGGUAUCAACUUCAUUAUGAACCGCAAAUUCCCCAAAGAGUCUCCAGAUAUGAGCAUGUAUCUCAAGGAUCUGAAAGAGCGAGGUGCUCGUAUCAUCAUUGGCGAGUUCUUCGAGCGCGCUGCGCGAGUCAUCAUGUGCGAGGCCUUCAAACAAGGCAUGACCCAAAGGCAAGGUUAUGUGUGGUUCCUCCCAGGAUGGUACCACAAUGAUUGGUUCGAUGUCGAUGUUCUGCGGGAGGAAGGCUAUGAUGACGAGUUCAUGCCCAAUUGCACGACCGCGCAAAUGAUCGAGGCCAUCUCGGGUCAUUUGACCUUGAUACACGCCACUUAUGCUAAUGAUGAAGAGCUGAUGCAGAAUGGCACUACUGUGGGUCAAUGGAAAAACACCAUGAAUCAAGAGCUUCGCAGAAGUAGAGUCACGGCCAAUCAAAUGAAUAAAUAUAGUGGCUACGUAUAUGAUGCCGUUUGGCUCUACGCUCUGGCCUUGGACCGACUGAUCAAGCAGAACAAGUCGUACAUUCAAGACAUCCAUUCCGACCGGAGCAUCAAUGAAUUUGUGGACAUCAUUGGCGACACCGACUUUGUGGGGGUCACGGGCCGAAUCAAUUUUCCCAAUGGUCAUUCCCGGCUAUCAAACAUUAAGAUCAUUCAAUGGUACGGAAACAUUAGCUACGAAGUGGGCAUUUACGAGCCUGAUUAUGCCAGCAUCUCCGGCAAUGGUGGUAAAUUGCUCGUAUGGAACGACUCCUUGAUCCAAUGGCAAACAUCGGACGGCUCUUUACCCAAUGACCAUUCGAAGGAUUGUAGCAUUUUGUCCAAUUUCGCCACAGCUUUAAAUGUGGAAUGUGAAGAGGCCAUUAUAUUGGCCUUUAUCAUGGGGUUUGGCGUCCUUUUGGCUAUUUUGGUGCUGACCUUCUUUUUCUUCAAACGGAGGUAUGAGCGGAAGAUGCGCCACACGGAGGAACGCAUGCGCGCCCUCGGGCUGCUGACCCCGACCUCACUUCUGACCUUGGAUGAGUGGGAGAUUCCUCGAGAUCGAGUGGUCAUCAAUCGGAAGUUAGGCGAAGGGGCAUUUGGAACCGUGUUUGGCGGUGAAGCUUUCUUUGACGAAAAGGGUUGGUCCUCCCUAGAGCGAUUGUGGUCGGUUCCAUCAUUUAAGGACAUCGCCAUGAGAACAGACUUGCUUGACUCCAACUUCAUGCACAAGGACGGCGUAUUGAGAGUGGCAGUGGCCGUAAAAACUUUAAAAACUGGCUCAUCAGUUGAGGAAAAGAUCGACUUUCUAAGCGAAGCAGACAUGAUGAAGCGAUUCGAUCACAAGAACAUUGUCAAACUCUUGGGCGUGUGCACCCGCAAUGAGCCCGUGUAUACCGUGAUGGAGUUCAUGUUGUAUGGAGACCUCAAAACCUAUCUUUUGGCUCGCCGACACCUUGUAAAUGAACGCAAUCGCGAGGAAAUGGAUGAGGUGUCCAAUCGAAAACUCACGUCCAUGGCGCUUGACGUGUCCAGAGGCCUGUCUUACUUGGCCGAGCUCAAAUACGUCCAUCGUGAUGUGGCUUGUCGGAAUUGCUUGGUCAACUCGUCCCGUGUGGUCAAGCUGGCUGACUUUGGCAUGGCCCGCCCGAUGUAUGAAAAUGAUUAUUACCGUUUCAACAAAAAAGGCAUGCUACCAGUGCGCUGGAUGGCUCCCGAGAGCCUCGCCGACGGCCUGUUCACGCCAAUGUCAGAUGUUUGGUCUUACGGCGUCUUGCUCUACGAGAUGAUCACAUUUGGCAGCUUUCCCUUCCAAGGACUCAGCAACAACCAGGUCUUGGAACAUGUGAAGGCUGGAAACACUCUCACCAUUCCGGCUGGCAUCAAGUCCCAAUUGGAGACUCUCCUUCGAUCUUGCUGGCAAAAAACUCCCACCAAAAGGCCCACGGCGGCUGAAAUCGCCGAGCUCCUGUCGAACAAUCCCCGUUUGAUUUCUCCCUGUAUUGACGUCCCCUUGGCGUCGGUUCAAGUCGAGCGCACCGACUCUUUGGAACUCAUUCCCUCCAUGGUUCGAAAACCGUCCGGCACCACGUCCAGCAGAACCACCACUGGCGGUUUAACUACCUCGAAGAAAAGUAGUUCUAACAUGAGAGAGAACAAUAGUAUGAAGGAACUUUCUAUGGAUGGGCCCUACUCGCCCAUGAAUGGCAUUGUUAAUGGGUCGCCUCAGCAAAACCCAUUCCGCUUUGAGUUACGGGAGCCCUUCCUCAGUGGCGAGAACUCUAAAGAUGGUGAUACAGACUCGGGACUCAUGUUGCUGGGUACAAGGAGUCCACAACUUUUAGCUACUUGUUCCUCGUCGAGCUUUGUUCCGCCCGGCUAUAUCAUGUUGGAUCAUCGGGGUGGAGAUCACGCUCAUUACGUAACCAGCAGUAUCUCAUCCUCUACCUGAUGGGUACCUGAUAGGUACCUGAUGGGUACAUCAAAACAAUUAGGCCAAGCUAUCCAAAAGGAAACAAGUAAUGCUUUCACAUUGGGCCACCUGGCACGAACUAUUGUACAUUCAGCUCGUGCCAAACUUUACCACACAAAUAUUCUUACAGACUAGAAACUACAUACACAUAUGAAGUGGAGAAUUUAUUUAUUGACAAAAACGACCUAUUUUUCCGACUCGAAUGUGAUACUUUCUCAAAACCAAUUUAUAACAUAAAGAUUUGUUAUGUGUCGAGGAGUUUCCAUGGCUCUGAAUGCUCUUUUUUCGAUAAAACAAUGUGAAGGGUGAUGCCGUGUUGCAUGUAUUGUGGGAUUUCAAGAAGUGAUUUGUGUUUCGAACCGGAAGAUCAGCUUUUUAGCUUCGAGGACCUCGGUCAGGGCUCCUGUCACGAGUGAAAGAGGGUAUACAAGCAAAAUCAAAACCGCCUAAAUGAGUGCCAAAACGGGACCAUGCCUCUCUAGGUCUCGGAACCAGGGCUGCUUUAAAACUCGUUCCUGAUCUUGGGUCUUCAUGUCUGUACCCUUCUUCGUUUGAAUUGGGAACCCUACCAGAGGUUCUUCAAGCUUAAUAGCUGAUUUUCGGGCUCGAAAUCCAUCACACCAAUUUCAAGCGAGAAUGACAGGGUUCGAUACCAGUCCUAGCCCUGGGACUAAAUAAGCCCUCUCAAGAGGCGGUAGACCUGUAAAUUUGCAAGGUCUUAUGAAAAAGGCUACAAAUCAAUUUCAAACUUGACAUCCGAUGACAAAUUGGAGCAAACGUGCGUGCUACAAGGAACCGACCUGUUGGCGGUCUUUGACUUUCGCAAGCAAAAUUUUUGUCUGCCUGUAGGAACGAUAUGUACCAAUGCACCAACCCCUGUGAAAAUCAAUCUGCAAUGCCCAACCAAUGCAACCAGUCUCAAGCUAAAAAAUGAUCAGAUUAGUCACGAUCAAUUGAGUCGAAUUUAUUACAUAAACAUAUUUUAGUGACUCAGAUCUUAUGACCAAUUUUCUUCAAAUUCUUCUCCUCUUUCAAAUGCGGUUAUUGUAUCCUGGUCCAUUUUCAGUUCUUUAUGCGCAGAAUAGAAACAUCAACAAUGGAAACACAUGUACUUGCUGUACCUGCUACUUUGUUUGUGGUAAUAUAUAAAUCUUAUACUGUUCAUUUUGCCCGAAUAAAGCUUUUUGUAAGUCA